AUGGCUUUCAAGUUUGUCGCUGUAUUUGCUUUGCUCGCCGUUGCCAAUGCUGGCAUCCUUCCAGCUGCCCAAGUAUAUCAUGCCGCUCCCGCUGCUGUGGUAAAGACCGUCACCCCAGUUUUGACCAAAGCCGCUGAAGAAUACGAUCCUCAUCCCCAGUACAGAUACGGUUAUGAUGUUCAAGAUGCCAUCUCCGGUGACUCCAAGAGCCAAGUUGAAGAACGUGAUGGUGAUGUUGUACGUGGUCAAUACUCUUUGAUCGAUGCUGAUGGUUACAAGCGUACUGUUCAAUAUACUGCUGAUCCCGUCAAUGGUUUCAAUGCCGUUGUCAGCCGUGAACCUUUGGUAGCUAAGGCUGUUGUUGCUGCUCCCACCGUUGUCAAGACUGUUGCUCCAGUUGCCCACUACGCCGCUCCCGCUGCUGUUGUCAAAACUGUUGCUCCAGUUGCUCACUACGCCGCCCCUGCUUAUCACACCUAUGCUGCUCCCGCUGUUGUUAAAUCAGUAGCUCCAGCCUAUACCACAUACUCUGUACCAGCUGCCCAUGUCGUCCAUCACUAAAUGUCCAUUUCG